UCCCAGGACACUGAGAUCAUGACCUGAGCCGAAGGCAGAGGCUUAACCCAGUGAACCACCCAGGCACCCCAAGAGUGUUCUUGAUACGUGCAAGGAUUGGAGGACGGAGGCAAGAGUGGAGGGGCAGGAUAUGAGGUCAGAGGGGUCUUGUAGCCACUGGGAGGACUUGGGCUUUUCGCUCUUGGGGGAGGUAGGAGCCCGGGGGGGUGGGGCUCUGAGCCAAGGAGGGGUGUGUUGGGACUUAGUUCUAACAGGAUCUCUCUGAUAGCUGUGUCUGUGCAGGGAACAGUGAAGGGAGAAGCUGGGGGCCUGAUGGGGAGGAGACUGGUAGAGUCUAGGUGACUAGGGACGGUGACGGGACCAGACUGGAGGGAAGCAGAGUGGGGCAGAGGGUGAAAAGUUGCUGGGUUCUGGGUAUGACUUUGAAGGUGGAGCUGAGGGGCUGUACUGAUGGAUGGAAGAGAAAGCGAGGAGGGGUCCGGGACACCGUGGGAUGUCCUUUGCCUGAUCACCCUGAAAGAUGCUCCCCUCUCCUGGAAACCUUAGGAGGUCAGUUUUUUCUUUUCUUUCCUCCUUCAUUUCACAGAUGAGGAACCGGAGCUGGAAGGCUGCCUAUAGAGUCGCAGUCACCAGCCCAGAUCCUUCUUAGUGAAUCUGGGAGGGCUAAGAACCACCCGAAUCCACACCUUCAUCCUUUCUGCCGCGCGUGGGGGUCCUUUCUUGCCAGGAGCCCGCGGGUGAGCUGCAGAGACAGGAAUCACCUAACGAGGAAAAGGAUCAUCUCAGUCUCCCUCUUACCCCAGGAUAAUGCAGACUCCACUGACUAUCCCUGUGCCUGUGCUCCGGCUCCCUCGGGGCCCAGAUGGCCUGAGCCGAGGCUUUGCCCCAGAUGGACGCAGGGCCCCCCGGAUGCCAGAGGGUCCUGAAACCCCAGGAUCUGCAGGAGUUCAAGAGUCUCGGGAAUCCCAGGAACAGCAGGCACGAGCAGCGCUCCGGGAACGCUACCUCCGCAGCCUGCUGGCCAUGGUGGGUCACCAGGUGAGUUUCACACUGCACGAGGGCGUGCACGUGACUGCCCACUUCGGAGCCACUGACCUGGACGUAGCCAACUUCUACGUGUCACAGCUGCAGACACCCAUAGGUGUGCAGGCUGAGGCCCUGCUGCGGUGUAGUGACAUUAUUGCGUACACCUUCAAGCCAUGAAGAUGCUACUGGCUUCACCUUUUGGCUUUGGGCCUAGCCACCGGGCCCCAGCCCCACCACAUGGUCAUGGGACACACAGAGUUUGGAACUCCCUUGGAAUUCUGAGCCGACCUCCAAGCAACUCUGGCUUCUUGGGACCUCCAGGGUGUAGUCGGUAAAAUUUUGCAACCCCAGGAGUUCUAGAGCCCAUUGACAUGAAUGCUCUACCUCAAAGAACUCUAAACUCUAAAAUAGGGCCUCUUGCCAGUUCCCCAAGAUUGAGGAUUGGGCGUGGAAGACAAAUGGCAGAGUGGGAAAUUGUUUCUUGAAGCUGCAAAGUUCAGCCACCCUGAAGAUACUCCCCUCCUACUAAAGAAGCAAUUGCCCCAGGAAGAUUCGCCUCCUGAUUUUUGUUUGUUUUUUUUAAAGUGUAGCACACAGGGAUGGAGCCAGGUCUAGGAAGUGGAAGGGUAGCCAGGCUAGCUAUAGUCUGAAUCUGGUGGAUCUGGGCCAAGAGGAUACAUCACAGGGCUGAGAGGAGCUCGGAUGAAGGCGGAGAUUGGCUUGGUCCGGGAAUGGCUGGAGCUACCCGAAAGCCGGGUUUGGGACAUUUGGACGAGAUUUCCUUUUCGGGUGAGCGGGAGUGUUCCCAGGCAGGGGCGUGGCUCGCACCGGGUUACCUAGUCGCCUGGCUCUGGAGCGGUGUGGACCUCACCCUAGAGACGGCUUCCCCGUCCUCUCCGGAAGGCGUCGGACCUUGUGCGGCGGCGCCCCCGAGGCCAGGCUGAGGACUAGGGCUUGGGGUGAAGCUUCACCCUCUUUCUGUGUCGCUCCAGCUGUGUGGCCGUCCGGAUCAUUCGCUGCCCUUAUCCCCGUCACUAGCGUCUUUCAGCACAUUCGCUUUAAAAAAGUAAUUGCUGCCCCCUUUGUAGUCCCAUCAACUUUAGCAUGCAAGCGCAGAUCCCGUUAAAUAAAGAUUCGCUUUGUUUGUCUGCA